AUUCACUUCUAAUUAGCUGUGAUAAUUUUCAUUACCUACGGAACGUUAAUUUAUUUUACUUUCACUAUUCCCUUUUUAUUUCGAGUACAUUUUUUGAGAGCUGACUGCAAUCGAUCGCCUCCUCUCAGAUGCUCUUGAAUUAAAGGCCCUGUUCUCAAAGAGCUGAACGAUAUAACUAUUGCCUCGAUUGAGCGAAAUUCGACAAGUGGCUGAUAGAUCUUGCCAUUGAGUCUCGGGAUUUUGUCGCGUUCGGACGUAUAGCGGAAUUCUUCGGGAGUUUCUUCCGUGCCUUAUGCCCAAUUAGUUUAUGGCGGAUAUAAAGUGUGAGCUCGUUUGAUCAUGGAGCUAAAUAAUGUUACCGUCGAGGAUGGCGCUGAUGCGUCCAAGUCCCACACUCAAGCUUCUAACACGCCUCAGAAUAAUGAGAAACCCAAGCCGCAACUGCUUUACGCCAUCAACGACAAUCCCCCAUGGUACCUGAGCAUCUUCCUCGCAUUCCAGCACUACCUGACCAUGAUUGGAGCCAUCGUUUCGAUACCCUUUAUUUUAACGCCGGCUCUGUGCAUGUCAGACGAGGACGCCAACCGGGGCAUUAUCAUAUCUACAAUGAUCUUCGUGACGGGAAUAGUGACGUACUUCCAGGCCACGUGGGGCGUCCGGCUGCCCAUUGUACAGGGUGGAACCAUUUCGUUUUUGGUACCCACCCUAGCCAUUUUGGCCCUGCCGCAGUGGAAGUGUCCGGAGCAGACCGAGAUGGACUCCAUGAACGUGGAGGAUCGACAAGAACUGUGGCAAGUGAGAAUGCGGGAGCUAUCCGGCGCCAUUGCCGUUUCCGCCAUGGUGCAAGUUAUCCUGGGCUACACUGGUCUGGUGGGAAAGAUCCUCAAGUAUGUGACUCCGUUGACAAUUGUGCCCACAGUCUCGUUGGUGGGACUCACUCUGUUCGAGCACGCGGCUGACACGGCUUCGAAGCACUGGGGCAUUGCCGUGGGAACCACUGGCAUGCUGACGCUCUUCUCGCAAAUAAUGUCGAAUGUAUCCGUGCCAAUUUUGGCCUACCGCAAGGGUCACGGAAUGGAGGUUCGGCAGUUCCAGCUGUUCCGCCUCUUUCCCGUGCUGCUGACCAUAAUGAUAAUGUGGGGUCUGUGCGGGAUUUUGACGGCCACCGAUGUCUUCCCUCCGGGACAUCCUUCUCGCACCGAUGUCCGCCUGAAUGUGCUGACCAGUGCCAAGUGGUUCUAUGUACCGUAUCCGGGACAGUUCGGUUGGCCCUCGGUGACGCUCUCCGGCGUGCUGGGCAUGUUGGCCGGAGUCUUGGCCUGCACAGUGGAAUCACUCAGUUAUUAUCCCACUGUGUCGCAGAUGUCGGGAGCCCAUUCACCUCCGCUGCAUGCAAUUAAUCGCGGUAUCGGAACCGAGGGAUUGGGCACUGUGCUCGCUGGUCUUUGGGGAGCUGGAAAUGGAACCAAUACCUUUGGGGAGAACGUGGGCGCCAUCGGGGUCACCAAAAUUGGAUCGCGUCGUGUCAUCCAGUGGGCAGCCUUAAUAAUGGUACUACAGGGGGUAAUUGGCAAGUUUGGAGCCAUCUUCAUCCUCAUUCCCGACUCAGUGGUGGGCGGGAUCUUCUGCGUGAUGUUUGGCAUGAUCAUAGCCUUCGGCCUGUCCACGCUGCAGUAUGUAGAUCUGCGAUCUGCUAGGAAUCUUUACAUCCUGGGACUAUCCAUAUUUUUCCCAAUGGUCUUGUGCCGCUGGAUGCAGAAGAAUCCCGGAGCUAUUGACACCGGGAACAAGACAGUUGAUUCCACCCUAUCGGUGCUGCUGGGCACCACCAUUUUGGUGGGCGGAGUUUUGGGAUGCCUGCUGGACAAUUUGAUACCGGGAACUCCGGAGGAGCGGGGCUUGGUCGACUGGGCAAAUGAGAUGCCCCUGGGUGAUGAUAAUGUUAACGAUGGCACAGCCACCGAUUACGAUUUUCCAUUUGGCAUGGAUGCGAUUCGCCGUUGGAAAUGGACCUACUACAUUCCCUUUAUGCCAACCUACAAGCUCCAGAAGCAAAGCUGAUUGGAUUAUCAAAAUUGCAGCCGUGGGAUUUAAUGUAAAUAACAACCAUUCAAUUGGUGAUUCGGUUUUUAUUUAUUUUUAGAAAACGCUGUUCGUGCGCUCACGCUCUAAUUACAAUUUGAACUUCGAAUUCGGAUUCUACCCAAAACUCUA